AUUUUUAACCCUUUCAUACAGUAUUACUUUACUAAAAAAGAAAACUCCCCGCACCUUUAAUCUUCAUCUACUCGAACUGGCCCUAUAAGCAGACGUUGCAAGUUACGCGGGGUAGUUAAACAUGUAUUUCCUUGUUGCCCUCGCUGGCUUUUCCAACUGCAACAUGCCUGAGUCCGACUGGGGCAAAGUGACACCGGUCAGCCCGAAAGCAACCAGCGAUCCCACCCCUAAAGUGCAGCCUGCACAAGAAGCACAGCCCGAGCAAAGCGCAGAGUUUGCGGUAAUGGUUCCUCAGCUUAUGUCAGUCUACGACGCAAUUGACUACUGCAGAGCAUAUGGGUGCUACAAGGAGGGUAAUCGUGUUUGGUAUCUGGAAGAGCUGACGUACUUUGUUUAG